GGCGAUCGUGUUGUAGUCGCCGCCGCCGUCAUCACCGUCACUGCCGCGCGCCGCUGGCAUUCGCCAACGGACCGUCGACCCUUAACGUUCUCGAGUAAUAAUUUAUAAUUAUUGCACUAAUAGAACGAUAUUAUUUCGAUGAUUUUCUUCUGAUAUUUGUAUCUUGUAUGCUAUCACAUAGGAUAUUAUCAGGAAACUCGCGCACGCCACCGUGCACUGCAGAUACAAGCGCGAAAAAUCUUAACCAUAUUAUUAUUAAUUAUAUAACAUUGUUGGUGCUUACCGAGUAAUUAUCGAGGAGGUAACCUACGUCGGUUUUUCUUUCGUUUCCCUCUUUUUUUUUUCGUCCGAUCGCCUUGCGCGCACCUAUAUAUAAUAAUAAUUUCGCACAGCGUUUGGAGUUAGUUUUCACGCGGGCGGCCUUGAACGGACGACAUUGACAGUGUUCUCAUAAUAUAUAAAUAACCUAUUUAUAUAUAAAUAUUAUAUACACGCACAACAAUAAUAAUAAUAAUAAUAAUAAUAACAGUCGCUCGCGUGCGUUUUACCUACAUUGGUUGUGGGUACCUACCAAGUACCUACUGCGCAAAUAAUAAUAAUAUAAUUUUGUUCGCGCACAAAACUGUUGUUUCGGCGAACGGCGGCGGCGCGGCGGCACAACCGGCUACGCGAUAUUUCAUGUGCUUGCGCCUUGCCGUAACAGCAAUCAGUCAAUCGUGACACGGACGCUCGGACGGACGGACGGACGAAGACGCGCCUGAAAAUGCCGCAGCUCAUAUUGGCCAACAGCGAACGGAUCGCCGCCGUCGUCGACGACCACAAGCCCGUCGGCACGGACGCUGAUUUCCCCGACGUGCUGGCCGACCUGGACGUGGACGCGGACGAGUUUCCAGACGACGUUGUCGAGUACGGUCGUGUCCGGGUGGGCGAGACCGAGGAGUCCAGGACCAGAUUGGUGGCUGAACUCGAAGACAUGAUAUACGAGAAAGGGGAUGUUACACCACACAGAAUGGACGAAAAGUUUCUACUACGGUUUUUAAGAGCUCGACAUUUCAAACUUAAUGCCACAUAUAAACUAUUCGUGAAUUACUACAGAUUUAGAGAAAGUCAUCCAGAUUACUACACAAUAAACCCAUUAGAUUUGUCUUUCAUAGCCGAUUCAGAAGUACUAAGCGUUCUUCCUUAUAAAGAACAGACAGGCAGACGAAUUUUAAUUUAUAAAUUAGGUAAUUGGGACACCAACGACUUCGACAUGAACGAAAUACUUAAAGCGUCGCUGGCCACGUUAGAGCUUGGAAUUUUGGAGCCGAUAGCUCAAAUACUCGGAGGGGUGGUCAUAUUCGAUAUGAACGGAUUCACGCUUCAGCACGCUUACCAAAUCACUCCAAAAGUCGUUUCUACGAUUUUCGACCUCAUCGUCUAUAGCAUACCGAUGAAAACGUACGCGAUUCACAUAAUCAAUGAGUCGUGGGUGUUCGAAACGGCGUUCAAUCUCUUUAAGCCGUUUUUGGGCAAGCGUUAUAACGAAAUGUUAUUUUUCCACGGUAAAAAUAUGGACUCUUUACACAAACACAUCGAUCCGAAAUAUUUGCCAAAAGUAUACGGUGGAGUGCGUCCAAAUUAUCCUUAUCAACAUUGGUUUAUUAAUUUGAAGAACAAUGCCGCAGUAGUAAAAGAAAUGGAAAGCUUGGGUUAUGGCAUUGAUCCUAAAUGAUUUUAAGUCUCGUUGAAACAUUAUACUAUUGUAAUUACACAUAUAAUUUUUUUUUAAUUUUAAGUCUUAUCUUUUUAAUUUUUGGUUCAUGUUUAUCAUUUUUUUUAUUUCAUUUUCAAUAAAUAUAAUAUAUUAUAAAGUAUUUAAAUAAAUCCAUGACAUUGAUCAUCCAUGA